AGCCACGGGACAUGGUUAAAUAACUCACCUUUUAGAUCAACCUUUGGCCUGUCAAAGUCCUUCACACAGACUUACGCAGCGCUAAAUAACACCUGAGCAGAAGCAGGCAGCCACCUCCUUCACACCGGGACACUGAGGAGACUGCAGCUGGGAAAAUGGCUGGGCCAAAACCACGUAUCGUUACUCUGACCAAGCGAGAGGGUCAGGGCUAUGGCUUCUACCUCCGAGUGGAGCACGGCGAGGAGGGUCACCUGAUCCGUGCCCUGGAGAUGGGCGGCAUGGCUGAACUGGCCGGUCUGAAGGACGGAGAUCGCAUAGUCAGAGUCAACAGAACGUUUGUGGAUAAUUUGGAGCACAGCCAGGUUGCAGAUUUGGUGAGAAAGAGUGGGAUGAGCGUCACAUUGCAUGUGCUUGGAGAAGAGGCAUAUAAGACGGCUAAAGCCAAUGGUGUAAAUCUUGCUGACGCUCAGUCCCAGUCAGGUCAGAGCCAGCCCACCAUGAAUGGAGUGUCUGCACCAACCGCUAAAGCCAAGCUUUGUUAUCUGCAAAAAUCCAGCAGUGAAUUUGGUUUCUCCUUGAAGUCCACCAAAGGUACUAAGGGCAUAUUCAUGACAGAACUGGUGUCUGGAGGAGUAGCUGAUCAAGCCGGUGUGAAGCUUGGUGAUCGGAUAGUGGAGAUAAACAGUGAGAAUGUUGAGAGUCUCUCACAUGAUCAGAUCGUGAAGAAGUUGAAAGCAGCUGUGGACAAAGUGAUGCUUCUGUUGGUGGAUGAGGACGCUGAAAAAUUCUUCAAGAGCAAAGGCAUUCGACCAAGCACGGCUCAUGCCACUGUCAAGCACCUCCAGCAAAAACCUCGCAUUGCAGACAUGACCAAGAGAGCAGAUGGCUAUGGCUUUAUCCUGAAGGAAGAUCCUAAAGAUGCAGGCCAUUAUAUCGGAGAAAUAGACAAAGGAAGCCCUGCGGAGCGAGCGGGACUGAAGAAUAUGGACAGACUAGUGGCUGUAAAUGGACAGGAAAUAGAUAACUGCAGACAUGAACAGGUGGUGGAGAAAAUAUCACAUCAAGGAAACAAGUGCUCCCUCCUGGUGCUGGAUGCUGAAACAGAGAAAAUGUACAAAUUGGGUGGUGUUUCUCCACUUCUGUACUGGGAGGAAAUGAGAGGAUCUCCACCCAGUUAUCCUGAGCAUGAAGCUGAAGCCAUACCUGCUCCAGCGGCACCUGCUCCAGCAGAUGUGGACCAUAAACCCAAACUGUGCCGGCUGGAAAAGACCGCUGCUGGGUUUGGUUUCCAUCUCAACGGCAUCCAGGGACUUCACGGACAGUACAUCAAAGAGGUGGUGAAAGGUGGAGCAGCAUACAGAGCCGGAUUGGAGGAUGAUGACAUUGUUGUGGAGGUGAAUGGGGUGAAUGUGGAAAUGAGCACACAUGAGGAGGUUGUGAACCUCAUCCGCAAGAGUGGGGACACGCUGGUCCUCCUAGUGGCUGAGAGGACGGCCUAUGAUCAUCUGAAAGCACGAGGGAUCACCAUCACCCCUCAGCUGCUCGAUAAAGAGCCCGACGCUGAUGUCCCAGCACCAGCAUACACACUGGAGGACGAGAGGAAAGAAACAGGAAGUGACAGCGAAAGGCCGGCCACUCCACCUGCUCAAACCCGGUCAAGGUCGUCGUCGUCUUCAUCCUCUUCAUCGUCAUCAUCUUCAGCAUCAGAUGCGAGUGAGGACGAGAAACUCUGAGCACACCACACUUCUGUACCAACAGAUACUUCCGAUACUGUGAUUUAGUGACAGGUUGAUGCACUUACCUGGGGUGCGUUUCCCAAAAGCAUAGUUGCUAAUCUGUUAGCAACUUUGUUGGCAAUGGGAAAUUGUAUUGCAACCAACAAAGUUGCUAACUUAGUUAGCAACUAUGCUUUUGGGAAGCGCACCCCUGAUCAGCUAGUACAAUCUGUUAAGAGGGGCAAUGACCCUUUGAACAAGAGACAAUAAGACCACUGAUUAAAGAAUAUUUUCUAUGUGAAUUUACAAAGCUAUUAUAAUGACAAUAUCAGAUGAAACAGAUUAUUUCUGUACUGCUUUCAUUGAGAUCCACAACAACAAUGAUCUAUUUGAACAGGCUUUAUUAUGCUUGUGAUACAUGAAAUAUAAAAUUACAGGUAGUUAUGGUCUUUCGGGCAAUGCAUACGUCUUGAUUUAUAAUUUAUUAUACAGAAUGCUUUGUCACUUUCUCAUGGAUGCCUAUUGAAUAAAAUUUCUUUAUUCGGUGUGA